AUGGCACAUUUUCUCUCUCGCGAAGAAGAAAAUGAGCUAGUUCGAAGCGAUAAAAAAGUCAAGGAAUCUCACGGUGGGCAUGAAGAUCCUAUUACAUUCAGGCUUGGUAAUGCCAAUCUUUCCACACCGGUGAAGCUAUCCUUUAAGAAUAAGCUCGUUGGGGAGAUACCGGGUGCCUACACCCAAGCCUUUGAUUUCGCUACGCAUAUGGAUACUGAGUCCGUCUCAGAUGAAGAGAUCGAUGAAGUAAGGAAGGGAUUUGUUGCUAUCAAGCUUUCUAAAGAGACUAAGUCACGCAUUCGAGCUCCUUGGUCUAAGGCCAUUAUCAUUAAGGAAGACCUUGAAACUGUGCUCAAGAGAGGCCACUGGUUCAUAGGGGAGCACUUUCUUUCCAUUCGCAAAUGGGAAGCAAAUUUUAAGCCGUCGGAAGCUCUAGUUACCUCGAUGGCAGUUUGGGUUCGCCUUAACGAACUUCCUAUAGAAUAUUAUGAUGCUGGUGUUCUUAGAGAGAUUGGGCAAGCUUUAGGGAAUGUCCUUAGGAUCGAUACUCAUACUAACACUGAGGCCAAAGGCAGAUUCACUCGUAUCUAUGUACAAGUCGAUAUCGGUAAGCCUCUUGUUACAUCGGUUGGUAUUGGAAAGCACCAACAAAAGUAUUCCAUCAGACCACCCUCACCUCCGGCCAACCCGAAAAACACGGCAAGGGUCUUCGACAAGGAAGCCCAAGCCUCUCCGCCUCCCGAGGUGCAUGAGGUAGAGUCACAUGAUGCUACUUUCGAGCCUUGGAUGGUGGUUUCACGAAGAAGGAAAGGUCCUAAAGUUGGCCAACAAAGCAACACCAACCUCAAACCCGAAUUGCACCAUUCUUUUAAAAAUGUUAGCACAGUAGAGUUGUUGGAGACAAACAAGGGUGACAAGCUGCCAGCUGGAGCAAAAAGCGUUGAUGGGAAGAGAAAAGCAAGAAGUGAUGUGGACCUUUCAGUGGAAACUGAGCUCAAUCCAAUGGGUAAUAAGUUAUCGGGGUUAGUGGGCUCGGGCCCCUUAAGGAUUACUCAAACCAAAUUUCCUAGUGGGCCUUCCAUUAAAUUUAAUCAAGGCUUAACUUUAUCAAAGCCCGUGGCCACUUCAGUGAAGGGCAAAAGAGACCUUGCAUAA